AAAGAAAUAACAAUCAAAAUAUAUGUAGUUUUUUUUUUUUAAGGUGGGUUUACAUGGUACGCGACAUUGUCAUUAAUUUCAUGAAACUGCUGGCUUAAAGUUGAACCUUAAAACGUGUUUCAUGUUUGCAUGGCAGUGCAUUGAAAAAAUAUAGAGAGCAAUAUUAUUUAAUAAAUAAAUAAAUAAAGUGAAAAUAAAACAAUGGGUAAAGCUAAAAAAAUUAAAGUUUCUAAAAGUGGUAUGACCAAGAUUGCUUUAGCCGAUCAAAUUGAAGAUGGUUCAACAGCAAAAUAUAAAAAUCGUCAAAAAACAAAAGUACGCAUGGACGAUGAUGAUGAGUAUAUUGAUGCAGACUUGUCACUAAAAAUAUUGUCUCAAGCUCGCAAGCAAAAACAAGAGUUAGAGAAAGAUGAAGAAGAAGAACAAGUAGGAAAAAAUGUAUCGAAAGGAGCAAUAAAAAAAACUGUAACAACAAAACUUGAUAAUUCAACAAUGAGUGAUGAUGAAGAUAAUGAUAAUUAUGAUGAUGAUGAUGAUAAUAAUAUGCCAGAUGCAAAUGAUCACAAAUAUUGUGAACAAAUUGAAUUGGAUCCAGAAGAAGAAAGAGCCCUAGAAAUGUUUAAACCAUCAGUGACAAAAGUAACAUUAUCCCUUGGUGAUAUGAUAAAAAAUGCAAUUGAUAAAAAAGAAGCAAUCAAUAAUAAAAUAUCAGAAAAAGCAACUGACAUUGUAACACAACAAUCUGAAGCAGGUGAUAUGAAUAUUGUUGAUCUUGAUCCUCGUGUUCAAGCAAUGUACGAGGGUGUUGGUGAAGUAUUAACAAAAUACAGAAGUGGAAAGUUACCCAAGGCAUUUAAACUAAUUCCAAAUUUAAGAAAUUGGGAACAAAUAUUAUAUUUAACACAGCCAGAAAAAUGGUCAGCAGCAGCAAUGUAUCAAGCAACAAGAAUAUUUGCUUCAAAUUUAAAAGAAAAAAUGGCUCAAAGAUUUUAUAAUCUUGUUCUUCUUCCUCGUAUUCGUGAUGAUCUUGAUGAAUAUAAAAGAUUAAAUUUUCAUCUUUAUCAAGCACUUAAAAAAUCACUAUUUAAACCAGCUGCAUUUAUGAAAGGUAUAUUAUUACCUUUACUUGAAUCUGGUAAUUGUACAUUACGAGAAGCUGUUAUAAUUGGUUCAGUUGUUGCUAAAAAUUCAAUUCCAAUGUUACAUUCAUCAGCAGCAAUGUUAAAAAUUGCUGAAAUGCCAUAUGGUGGUGCAAAUAGUAUAUUUUUAAGAAUAUUUAUUGAUAAAAAAUAUGCAUUACCAUAUCGUGCUGUUGAUGGUGUUGUUCAUCAUUUCUUACAAUUUGAAAGAGAAACAAGAAUAUUACCUGUUCUGUGGCAUCAGGCAUUUUUGACAUUUGUUCAAAGAUACAAAUCUGAUAUUAGUACAGAACAAAAAGAGGCUCUUCUUGAAUUAUUAAAGAGACAAGCUCAUCCAACAAUAACACCAGACAUUAGACGAGAAUUACAAAAUGCUAAAUGUCGUGAUAAUGAGUUUAUGGAUUCCAUGAAUACUGAAUAACUUUUAUAUUAUAAUUUCAAUAAAUAAAUAAUUAAUCAAAAUAUAAUUACAUUACG